CAGGGGCACCGCGUGAAGGUUUAGGCCCGUGCCGGGUGUUCGCUGUGGUGGCAGAACUCCCCCUCGACUGACAUCCAUCGUCGAGGCCCCUGGUAAGGAUGGGUUCGGGUCGGCGGAAUAGCAGAGUUGGUCACGUGCAACAUCUGCUUGCUCAAAACCUCAGCGAAAUGAUCCCAAUACUACUUCAAGGGCAUCAACGGCCACUGACGCAGAUCAAGUACAACAGAGAGGGCGAUUUGCUAUUCUCCUGUUCCAAGGAUUCUGUUAUCAAUGUCUGGUACUCGCAUAAUGGGGAGAGAUUAGGGACUUAUGAUGGACACAACGGCUCAGUGUGGUCGGCGGAUGUAGAUUCACAAACGCGCUUUCUUGUUACCGGCUCAGCUGACAAUACCAUGCGACUGUGGAAUGUCUCCAAUGGCCGAUGCCUUUACACCUGGGAAUUCCCUACUGCUGUAAAGCGGGUAGCCUUCUCCCCGGAUGACUCGCAAAUAGUUUGCAUAACAGAACAACGCAUGGGACACCAAGGCGCUGUCCGCAUUUUUAAUGUUAAUCGCCAGGGAGACGGAACGCAACAAACCGCCGAACUUUACAGCGAGUUCAACCCAAUCGGCAGCAAGGCCACUGUUUGCACGUUUGCUCAGAAUAAUAACAUCAUACUUACUGGCCACGAGAGCGGCAAGCUGGCACUCUGGGAUUUGAAGACUGGGGACGAAAUAAAGAGCCAUGAGCGAGCGCAUUCUGAUUUAAUCACUGAUUUACAGUUGUCCCUCGACCGAAGCUACUUCAUCACUUCUUCGAGGGACAAGACUGCAAAAUUGCAUGACAUUAAAUCACUCGCAACCCUUAAAAGUUUUGCCACCGAAACUCCCCUCAAUAGCGCUUCCAUUGCUCAACUUCGACCAUAUAUCCUUCUUGGAGGUGGGCAGGAGGCAAUGUCAGUCACGACAACUUCACUUCGCCAAGGAAAGUUUGAAACACGGUUUUGGCACAAAAUUUUUGAGGAAGAAGUCGGUCGUGUUAAAGGCCACUUCGGCCCAAUCAACACCAUUGCAUGCCACCCUGAUGGGAGGUCAUAUGCAUCUGGAGGAGAAGACGGGUUUGUCCGUGUUCACCACUUUGAUGAAAGCUAUUUCCGCGCGAGGCCGUACGGGGACGUCGACGGUGAAGUUUCAGAGUGAUAGAAUUCAUUGCGCUCAUUUACAGACAAUAUCCUGUAUGGAGAUCUGUAUGUUCGUCUUCAGGGCUUUGACAGAUAAUUUCAUUCAUAAUCGUAAGCCUGAGGGGGGGAGCGUAUUGUAAGAGGCAAAGCAGAUGGUCAAGUUUUGGGGCAUGAAGGUGCAUUGGGGAAUGAGGCGUCAUGGCAUAUUACAUGGAAUAGAGAAACAGACAAUGAAAUGAGGAAAGAGUGAGUUAUUCCUCAUCAUCUUCUGCCUCCUCCUCGAUAUCUUCCUCAGCUUCCUCCUUGUCUCCUUCCUCCUCGC